CGAUGCGCGCGUCGUCGACGAAAGCUGUCAAGAGUGCUGUGCCGAGUGAUAUUGCAGCAGUGCUUAAGGCGUCCAGCAUCUGUUGUCAUGUGCUAUUUAAGCAAGAACCAUUGAGAUCUGUUUGGGCUCCUUCAGUAACGCAAGCAUAAUGUCAAACUUUGACUGCAUUGUGGUCACUUGCUCAUCUCUGAAGUGGGCGACUGCAAUUGAAUCAGAACUCCGGAUACUUCAAGCUCGGAAUAUUAUUUCUAAAUCGACCAAGAUACUCACGGUCGAGGACCCUGCAAGUAACAUCGGCAGCGGAGCUGCUACGUUGAAUGCACUCCUCGUAGUGACAGAAUAUUUGAGUGCACAUAAUGGAUAUACAGUAGUGUACCCAGAUGUACUUGAAAAAAGCCGGAUUUUGAUACUGCAUCACGGCAGAGAGUAUGCUCUGGAACCAUGUGGAAAGGCUUUUAUGAGUGUACCGGGAAUUCAUGCUGCUUCCAUUGACCAAAUUAAUGGUCACUCUACCAACCUGGAGAAUCUAUUGAGCAUUACUUCUCAGAUGCAAGAAAAUGGUCCUCCAGGAGUUUGGGUCUGCAGCACUGACAUGAUUUUGACGUGCAGGGAUGUCGCCAUCAACUGGUCAUGGGUCAAAGACUGUCUGCUCAUUUGCUCUGCUUGUGAUUCCCUGUAUGCUGCAGAUCACGGUGCUGUCAAGGUGAACAGUGAUGGCAUCGUUUCAAGCAUCUUGUAUUGUGGAACAUUAGAAGCUUUGCAUAAUUAUAUGCGUACUGAUGGCACAGUUCUUGUUGUGUCUGGCAUGGUUUUUUUCUCUUCUGAGCUGGCUGAGAGUCUUCUAGCGCUGCACUCCAUGUCUCCCUUGGACUGUUGCACAUACAUCGGUGUUGAUAGUGGCGCUGAGCCAAUGCAAAUGUCAUUGUUUUUUGAUCUGCUGGUUGCCAUGGCAGAAGAUGUCUCGCAAGACUCCUUUGUUAGUGGCCAGCAUGGUCGCUGGUAUGACAAGAAAUUUAGUCUUGAAAAAAGAACUAUGGCCCAGAGGGCUCGAAAUCUUGUUUGGAAUGAAUUGUCAUCAUACACCCUAAAAGCUUAUGUUUUGGAAGGCCAGCCAAGUCACCACUAUUUGUCCAAUGACACUACUGCCCGUCAACAUUCCGACUUUCUCAUAAACCGUGCUAGGAGUGACUUGCUUCUUCAUGCUGUUUUGGAUGCUGGCAUUAUGCUGCUGAGACUAGCCGCGUCGAUGAAAAAGCAGUUGGUGACGGUGCUCGUCCUCAUGAAUACUUUUGUAAGGAGUGAUAGAUGCUCUAUUGGAAGCCACUCAUUGUUAAAGAACUGCUGCCUAGAGGCAUCUGAGGUGGUGGUUGGCAAGAAUUGCUACAUAAAUGGGCUAACAGUGAACCUAAACACUCAGGCUUUGAUUAUUCCAGAAAACACCUGCAUAAUUGAGUAUGAAGUCUGUUUGGAGGAUUCUGAUGCUUCAUUGCCUGUUGUUGUCACAUUUGGAGUGGAAGACCAUCUCUUGGUGCCUUACACUAAUGAAGAGGGUCAAGUGGGCCAAAGUACACUUGAGGAAUUCUUGUCUUUUGCUUCAGUUACAAAAGAUGACUUAUGGCCAAGCACAAUAUUUAAGCUGGGACAGCCGCAGAACUGUCUGAUGACUGCAAAGCUGUUCACAUGCAGUGAAGAGAGCUUACAAGAUGCACUGUGCCUUCUGAACUCCUCUCAAGAUCAAGCGAGCAUAAAUAAAUGGAAAGACUGUAACAGGCUUUCCCUGGUUGACGUGUUGACGCAUCAGAGCCUGAAAGACCAGUUUUGUAAAUCUUGGGACACUUUUUUUUGUGUAACAAACUCAAUCAUUAAAAGGACUCUGGUGGAUAAGUCAGAUGUGCUUGUCACCCCAUUUAUGCAUGCAGCUUGCGCUUGUGGUCAUGAGGCAAGCUUGAUGGCUGUGCUGGAUUCAGUUGCCGAAGGACAAGAGGCUAGCAAGGAUCUAACCAUAGCAUCGAGAGCAUUUUCAUGCAUUGCCGACUUUUUGGGUGCAAUGGCAGGAAAUUUUGGUGGCUUGAGAAGCGGUCCUGGAGGCAACAAGACCUGGAUGUCUGCUUUCCAGUUGCUGGAGGAAGGACAAGUUCAGAAGGGUGCACUGGCUUUGAAGCAGGAACGUCUCAAGUGGAUGGACCGACCAGAUCGCAUGAUGCGAGCAGCAAGGCAUUAUGAAGGUGCCCUUCAGGUGCUUAUACGAAAAGCUGUUCUGACCACAGAAAAGUAUAUCGUAACAGCUGCUGCUCCUUGCCCGCUCCCUUUUGGACAGUGGGCUGUGGCAGAGUGCCCUGCAAGAAUGGAUUUGUUUGGUGGGUGGACAGACACACCACCUAUCUGCUAUGAGCUUGGGGGCUCAGUAAUUAAUAUUGCUGUGCUUGUCGAUGGCCAGAAACCCAUUGGAGCCAAGGCACGAAGAAUACAUGAACCACACAUAGUCAUCGCACUUCUGCACCACAAUGUUCCAGAGAAGGUUGAAAUAUUUACCAUGGAAGACCUUCUUGACUAUAGUCAGCCUGGUGCUAGAGGUGCUCUCCUUAAAGCCUGUCUUAUUGGUUCUGGUGUUGUCCAGAUUGACCACGAACAUAAGCUGUCAGAGCAGCUUCUAGCACUGCAUGGAGGUGGCAUUGAGCUACAGAGCUGGUCCAACUUGCCCCAAGGAUCAGGCCUGGGAACAAGUAGCAUUUUGGCUGCAGCUAUUGUGUCAGCUCUCUGGACCACAGUUGGACGGACAUUUGACAAACUGGCUGUAAUUCACUGUGUUCUGCACGUUGAACAACUCUUAACAACAGGAGGAGGCUGGCAAGAUCAAGUUGGAGGAGUUACUGGUGGACUUGUGCAAGGCUCCUCCCAGCCUCACUUGCCACUUCGUGUGGAUGUUGAAGUGCUGCCAUUUUCAUAUGAUCUCUGCCACAAGCUGAGCAAUCAUUUUCUUCUUCUCUACACUGGCAAAGUCAGGCUGGCCAAAAACUUACUUCAGACUGUCAUACGAAACUGGUACACCAGAGAUUCAAAAGUGGUGCUGUGUUUCAAGGAGCUGCUUCACCUCUGCAAGACAAGUGUUAGAGAAUCCUUUCUUAAAGGGGAUCUGGAGGCGAUUGGAAAGUGGCUGGACCACUACUGGCAGCUAAAGAAGGUGCUGGCUGCUGGGUGUGAGCCAAUGUUUGUCGGGCGCCUUAUGGGGCUUCUGCGGCCGCAUGUUCAUGGCCAGCUCCUGCUAGGUGCAGGCGGAGGUGGGUUCCUGUGUGCUCUCACCAAACAACCCCACCAGGCAGGCUUCGUGCAAAGACUUUUGGACGAGACUGAGGGAAUGUCAAAGGUUACUGUACACAUGGUGGAAGUUGACAUGACUGGUUUGAGACUGAGCAUCAAUGAAAGCAACAUAGAAGUUCCCUUUGUGUCUGUGCAUUAGGUCCAUAUGCAUUUAGUGCCUUAGUGGCUACUUAGUGGCUUUGUUGUACAGUUAUACAGAGAAGUGGCCUGCCAGUGCCCCUACUUUUGUAAUUUUUUAUAAAUUUUUGUGGCUCAAGACGAAACAGUUCGCAAUACAUUCCAAGGGCUUUCAAGAAUACAUACUGUAUUGGUGCCUUUAAGUAUGAACUGUGCAGCCUAGUCGCCGUAAUGCAUUUUCAACAUUUUAGAGGUGGAUAUAGUACUGGUAUACUGCUAUGAUUAGCCUGGAUCCUAGCAUAUGUGAAGCACAUUUUAAAGUAAUUUUAUCAUUCCUUUUUCCACAUUUCUGUAUUUCAAAACUGGAGCACCCCACCAUGCUUCUAGUUAUUUAUUUUUUGUCUAAAAUUCAAUAGUGACAUCCUGCUUUUUUUUCCCCCAUGUCUUUACCAGCUCAAGAGAAUCAGUUUUCUGUAGUUGCAUUGUGUAACUACAGAACAUAUCAAUGAUUGUCUCAGUAUUCACAGCUAAUAGAAGCCCAUGCAGAACUGCAUUCUAAACUUUCUCCAUUAUCAAUAUACAAUUCAUUUUAUCACUGCAUAUACCUCCCUUUUUUUUACUGAAGCACUAUGAAUGAAAGCUGCAUGCAAAUAUAUCGAGACACUGUGCAGAUUCCUGUUUCAGUGCAUAGUACGUACUGUGCAGUUACUGUAUAAUUGCUGUAGCUAGUAAUGUAUUCCACAAUACUCUUUUACGCUGGUCUAAUAAAUGUCUUGAUGAAUGUUUAAUGAUAUCAUUUCAAACUUCAUUUCACAAAAAUAAAAACGAAAGAACCCUCAACCACAUUACCAAGUGUUGUUUCAGGUAAGAUGGAAUUGAAGCAUAUUAAGUUUGCUAAACAUGGAACGUAUACAGCUAUAAAAAAAAAAAAAUAGGAUACUUGAAAGCAUAUGCACAUAAGAAAAAUCGUAUUGAUAAAUGACGCUGGUUGGUGCACACCACAAAUUUGUAUAAGUGGUGGUGUGACAUAACAGAAGCAUCAGACUUCAUUCGUUUGGUUUUUAUUUCCCCAUCAAUGUCCUGUCUCAAUGUUUUCUUUAUAUUUCGGUGUAUUUAAUACCUUAUCUGAUUUACUCAACUGCAUGACUAUGGAAGGCAUUCACACUUCAAAUUAUCAUAUUGCAAAAGGUGAAAUGUGUGACCACAGUUGAUGGCAAUCCAUGGAACUUCAUGAUUUGCCUUUACUGUUUGUGUACAUGUUUGUCAACAAGGUUGCCAUGUAGAAAUGAAAUGUUAACCUUACUUAAUCUUUUGUGGUGGGUGUCUUGUUUUAUUUCAUCAUGGAUCUUCACUUCUUACAAAACAGAUUAUGCCAGUUCUUACUGGUUCUUAUAUUAGUUGGUCUCCUGAAUGAAAGCUCUGCAGAACCAUACUUGUGAGGUCCAGUCACUCGGCACUAGUUGUUAAUGUUUUUCUUUCACUAAUAUAAAUAGUUGUCUUCCUGCAAAAAAAAAAAAAAAAAAAAAAAGUUGAUGAAAAAUUUAGAGAGUACUUCAUGCUCAAUAAAAGGCACAGUUGACAGAGGACUUUCUAUGAGCAUUUUUUUCAUACUACUGUAUAUACUAGUACAAUAGCCACACAGCAAUUUGACAAAAAAAAAUAAAUAAUAGAAAUUGUUUUGUUUUUUACUUUUAUGCAUAAGCUCUUCAAGCACCUUAUGUGCAAUUGUAUGGGCCAAGAAAACACCUCAAAAUUUGAAGCUAACAAAAAUAAUGUCUUAAGUGCAUUGCAACCAAGACUGGACCUGUGCUCUAAAAUUGAUUAUGUGCCAAGUAGGUUAGUGAGAAAUGCUAUACCUACCUAGCGGCUUAGCGGCCAUGGCAUUCUGCUGUUAAGCAGGUCGCGGGUUCGAUUUCUGGCUAUUUCAGUGGCAUUUCAACGAGGGUUAAAUCCAUAAAUGCUCAUAUAGUAGCACAUUAUAGAGCCCCAGGUGGUCAAAAUUAAUCUGGAACCCUCCACUGCGACGUCUCUCAUAACCCUAGUGUUGCUCUAGAACAUUAAACCCCAUGAACCAGUCCAUAAAAAAAAGUUGCAAGAUAGAUGUCCACAUCUUUGCUGCAGUGCAAUGUCAUUUUGUGGCGGGUUCUCUUAUUUCGUUUUUGACAGUAAUCAUUUGCACUAGGCAAAUUUCUGAAGUAGCUCUCUGUUUUCUAAGCACAUUUGUGCAUGAAAUAGUCAACAUGGCUCUGUGAUUCACAUUUUUUUUUAUAUUUCCGACAUGGAGUCCACAUUUGUAUACACAACAAAACUGGUGAAAAGUUCAGGAUUCGAAAUAUGUUCUGCUGCAUAUAAUGAACCUCUUAAGGGACAAUAUUUUGACCUGAAAUAUUGAAAAACAUGUUUAAAACACAGAUUUCAGGGAACCUUGUAUGGCACGGAAUAAUUGUUUAUGUACUAUUAUGAAACGACCCAUUUCAUUCCUUGGAACUUUGUGGAAAAGAUUGUUUAGAUUAUAGUCCACUGAUGCUAUGCAAACUACUGCAGCAGACUACUACCGCUAUGAUAGUGCUCAAAAUACGGCGCUCCACAGAAAACUUUCUCACACCAGACCUCCUGGAAGAUUUUCUGAGCGUUUUAAUCACUGGCUGCCAUCAAGUGUGCAAAUUAUGUGAUGGCUGCGAAAGUUUGGCUUAACCAAAUGGGUGGUUCAUAUUAGUUGGAAACCAGCCAAGCGCUUGCACAUUGUUCAGCAUAGCUUAACUGGGUUUGUUUUAAUGGGCAUCUGCUGCAUAUCUUCGAAAGACAGAAUUGGUUAGGAGAUAAAUUUCAUCGUAUCCUGUGAGUACCAAACUGUGUUUUCAAAUUUCCCAAUAUUAUCACCCAAUCUGCAGGAAACUUAAUUAGGCUGCUGUUGGCAAAGAGGACAAAACUGCACCCCUUACAUUAGGAGCUAAAUAAAGUUUUUUUUUUUUUUUGUACAGAGAGCAACAAACCCAGCCUAGCCAUCUCAAGUUGUAGUCAUUCUUGUAUGCUGGUCUCUCUUGUACCUACUAGUGUUAUCCAUGUGAGCCUUUACAAAUCUCUAAAACAGCUCUAUUUUGUGAACACAAACAUUUUCAUUUUUGUGAAGAAUUUUUAGCUAAGGAAACGAUGUUUUCAUCCUCUAAGCAGCAGCGCUCAAAUUUUUAAAUAAAAUUUUAUAAAAUGUGCAGUUACAAGCCUUAUGGCAUUUUCCAUCCGAUAUGUAGCCUGUAGAGCAGUUUUACAAGUUAAAGUACCAUGCAAGGUGAAGCCCUUUUCACCUAAAUUACUGCUUGGCAGAUUGUUGCUGUGCCAAUAUUUCUCUUGAAGAUGGCAUCCAUGAAAUGAUGACAACGCUGUGGAAAUGUGGUCGCUGCAAAUAUAGGGCAGUCGAGAUAGAUAGUAAUACAGGACAAGACAAAUGAACUUUUGGCAUAGAGGCCUCGUAAUAUAUUGUCUUGAUAAACUUUGUUUUGGCAAACUGAAUUUCAAAUUGGCUCCUCGAGCAAUUUGAUAUCAGGACACAAGGCACCAUGUGCAGGCUUUUGCAGCCAGCGCUAAAAUAAUAAAGGCAAAUGUGUUGCCUUCAAACAAAUGGUUACUAGUGAUGAAGGCAUGCUGUAUAAACUUUGACUUUGAAAGCAAUUCUCAACUUACGGCAUGUUAAAAAAAAAAACUUGUCACUUCUGAAAUAAAAUUUUGAAUAACAGGAAAUAAAGCUUGUUAGUAUGGCUGACCAUAAUGAAUUGUGGUGCAGAAAGAUGGAUCUCUAGCUGAAUAAUGCAGACACAAAACAAGCACUACACUUGCAAUUAAAUCUUUAUUAAAUGAAACACUAGCGUGGCUAAUGGAGCUCCACCCUACUGCAUCACUAACCACUGCCAUGCCACACUUCAAAGCUACUAUCCUUUGUCUCUUUUUCUACAAGAGCAUUAACAAGAGAAGUCAUCUGCUUUUGUCUGGACAAGCCAUAUGGUUAUCCUCUGUGCUUUUUGUGCCUUAUGGAGAGACAAUGGCCUCAAUAAAGUGCAUUUCA